AUGGCUGAGUCACUAACUGAUGUUCCUAGCUGUACAGAAAUUGUGGAGACCAGCGAUGAGGGAAAAAAGAAAUCCAAAUUUAAAGCCUUCAGGAGCUUUUUUGGCAAGAAAAAGAAAAAAGACCCUGAUGACCUACAGGGAGGGAGACUCUUAAAGCCAUCUUUGUCCAACAGCAAUAUUAACACCUCUUCUCUGAAGCAAGUUGAUGGUGACCAACCUGGUGAACCUAGGAUCAAGAGCAACAUGGGGAACAAAGCCCUAUCCCAUGAUAGCAUCUUUAUGUUGGAUCCUGAGAUUGAAAGAUCAACAGGCAAAAUGCACCCCUCUUUGGAAUCCCAGAGAGGCAGAUCUCUGCAGAGAAGUCAUGUUUCCAGAACUCUGCCUAGAAUUGGGACUAGUAAUGUACAUGGAGCUUUAUCUGGAGCUAUGUUUGGAGUUGUCCCUCGAUAUGUACCCAGAAGUGGAGUCUGGGUUGCAGGUUCCAAGAUCACUGAGAUCCCACCACUGCGCCCGCGCCAGCCCAGCAUCAGCCCACCUCUUAUCCGUUCUGGCACAAUUUCUAAGGACUUGGAAGAAAUGUCUGGUGAUGAUGAGCUACCUAUGAACCCACAAAUGAAGGCUUCAUCACACAAGAUCUUGGCAGCAAAGAAGAACUACUCUGAAGCAUCAACUGGAACCGGUCUCUCACAGUCCUCAACUGCAUGUGCUUCUUCCAAUGUUACCCAGCAGCCUGUUGGCUUUAGCAUCCCAGCCACCACCCAGGGCUGCCUGGAUUCUUCAGCUGCUCGACACAAAAUGGCUUUAAAUCCCAGGAAACAAAAAAAGAAGAAGAGCCUUCAAGCGAGUAUGAAACCAAAGCAGGACGAGACAAGCCUUUCACUGAUUUCUGAAGGAGAAAAGAGUACAAAUAACCCAAAAGAAAUUGAUCAAAAGAAGCUGAAUAAAGAUGGUACAGGUACCUUGAACCAGGACCCGAGCAACAAAACUGAGAUUUAUGAUCAGAAGAUAGCCGAACAGGCUUCAAACACAGAUCCUACUGGGAGCAUGGGCUACCCAAUGUUGGCAGCAUAUGGAAGAAGACGUAGAAGGAAAGGUUCAAGUAUUUCGGGAACAAAUGAGUAUGGGCGCAGAGGAAGAUGCCUUCUACCAUCUUGUCAACUGCAUAUCCUGGGUGAUAGAUAUGAUUAUUCACAUUUGGAGAAGACUGCCAGUGAUUGCCCUUUCCGGCACUUAACCUUUGAGAAGCAAACCAUGGAGCAGUUCACAACUCCACAGGCAGAAAGUACUACUUCUCAGGAGUUGCUUUCAGAUAAAGGUGACUUGGUAAAGAAGAAUGUUGGCCUAGAAGUUAAAGCCAAAAAAGCAUCAGCACCACAACCCAUACCUAAAGACAUGGUAGAAUCCAUGGUGAGUGGUCCACCACUCUACCAUGAAAAUGGGGCCUGUGGAGCCAAGAAGCAAGAUGGCAGAGCUUCUCUUUUACCAAUGGUAGGAAGACUUUCUAAAGCCCAAGAAGAGGACAUUCUUUCAGUGGCAGUAGAGGCUCAGGUGCUUAGGGAUUCUUCACAUGUCCAGUCAGGGGAAGAAGAAGCUUCCAGCCAUGGUUUGCAAAAUUCCCAGUCCAAAAUGGAGUUAGCCCAGGGUGUUCCAACUAUCUGCAAAGAAAAGUCUCCUGGAAAUAUUCUCCAGGGCUUUACAGUCAUUAUUCCAGGUGUGGCAAGUACAGUAGCAGAGGGAAGCCUUUCUACAGAGAGGCUAUCUCCCAGAAGCCUUUCCCAGUCUUUGGAGAAGCCUGAAGAUGAAGAAGUGUCCUCAGAUUCAAAUAGUGCUUCAGAGGAGGGGAGUGUUCAGGAUCAGCGGGCUCCUGAACAUUCCUUCCAGUCCCCACAGAAGCUUGAAGGUGAACAAGAAGGCUUCCCAGAAUCUGAAAGUUUUGUUGAAAUGAGCGGUUUGGAACAGAAUCAGGGUCCUGAAUAUUCUCACAAGUUCUUGGGAAAGCCUCAACCUGAAGAUGCCUCCUCAGAAUCAGAUAGUAUUCUUGAGGAGGGGAGAGAUCCUGAGGAAAUGGCCGCCAUUCGCUUCUCCCGAUCCUUGCGGAAGCUUGAAGCAGUCUUCUCAGAAUCAAAAAGAUUUGCUGCCGCCUCCAGGUCUCAGGAGAAGCUGGUUUUACAGGAACCUGAAGAUACAGAAUUCUCCACAGAAUCAAAUAGUUAUGCCGAAAAAUGCAACAGUGCUGAUGAUUGGAGCAGCUUGGAGGAAGAUGUAUCUCUCAGAAACUCUGACCAGGCCUUGGGGAAGCCUCAAGACCAAAGAGAAGUGUCCUCAGUUUCAAAGAACACUCCUAAAGAGUGGAGAGUUUCGGUCAAACAGAUGCCCCCCAGGCACCCUCCUCAGAUAGUUCAGCAACAAGUGUUCUCAAGUUCAGUGAGCCUUUCUGCAGGAUAUAACAGUUCUUUGGAGCCAGUAUCUCCCAGCUGUCCUUUCCAGCCAUGGGUGAGCCCUAAAUUUGGGCCAAAAGGUCCCACAGGUCCAGAGAACAGUGCAGUUGAGUGGGGCAUUUUUAUGGAUCCACUGCCUCCCAGAAUGGCUUCUAAGCGACUAAAGAGGUCUCUAGUUGAGCAAAAACUCUCCUUACAUUCAGAUGUUACAACUAGGGAAGAAGUUAUUUCUAUGGAGGUGCUUCCCAGGUGUUCUUCCCAACCCUCAGUGAGACCAAAAGUUGAGAAACAAUUAUCUUUGGGUGCAGACAGUGCUGCAGUUGUGGGAGAGGUUUCUAUGGAGACACUGCCUCCAAAACUUCAUUCUCAGUCCAUGAGGAGACCCCUAAUCCAACAACAGGUCUCUGCAAGUCCAAGGAGUACUGCUGUGGAGGGGAGCAUUUCUGUGGAUCUAAGGCCUCCCACACACCCUUUCCAGACAUGGCUGAACCCUCCAGUGGGGCAGCAAACUUCCUCAUUUCCAGAGAGCAAAGCUGUUGAAGGGCCUACUAUACUUCGUUCCAAGCCCUUGAUAAACCCUAAAGUUCAACAAAACAUGUUCUCGGGUUCAGAAGGUAUUACUUCUGUGGAACCACUGUACCCCAAGUAUUCUCCCCAAUCCAUAACAAAUCCUCAAGUCCAGCAAAUGUUCUCAGAAGACACUGCUGUUGAAAAGGGCAUAUUCAUGGACCUGCCCCCUGGAAAACAUUUGAUGAGGCCUCAUUUCCACCCACAAAUGACUGUAGACUCAGUGAACAUUUCUUCACAAUGGGCCAAUCCUGAGGAGCCAGUGUCUGCCAGACACCCCUUCCAACCAUGGAUGAACCCUACAUUUCAGGAAAAUGUCUCUGCAGGUGCAGAGAACCCUCAGGUUGAAGGGAACGUUUCUACAGAGUCAGUGUCUCCCAGACACCCUUUGCAGUCGUGGCUGUUCUCUGCAUUUAAGCCAGCCUCUGCAAAUUCAGAGAGCUCUGGUACCCAGUGGGGCAUCCCUAAAGCUCCACCAAUUCCCAAAAUAUCUCCUCAGCCCCCGAUGAGACCAGUAAUGAAGCAACCAGUCUCCAUGGGUUCAGCAAGUGCUUCUGCACAAUGGAGUGGUUCUCUGGAGCCAAUGCCAAGAAACCCUUUCCAGUCAUGGGUGAGCUCUAAACUUGAGCAACAAACCUCUGCAGGUCCAGAGAACUCUGCAGCUGAAGGGAGCGGUUCAAUGGAAUUGAGACCUCCUGGACAUCACUUACAAUCCCAGAAGAGACCAGCAGUCAAACAAGAAAUCUCCUCAGGUUCAGUGAGCACUUCUAUAGAACGGAGCUGUCCAAUACCUCCCAGAUAUACUUACCAGCCAUGGGGGAACCCUCAAAUUGAGCAACAAGCCUCUACAAGUCCAGAAAGUGUUACCAUUGAGGGAGGCAGUACUAGAGAGAUGCUGCUUUCCAACCCUCAUUCCCGUUCUGUUAUGAAGCACAUAGUCCAGAAAGGGUCCCCAAGUUUUGAGAAUGCUACUGUUGAGGAAGGUAAUUCCGGGAGGGCAUUGCCUCCUGAGUAUCCGACCCAGUUCUCAGUGAGGUCUAAAGUUCAGGAAAUGUCCUCACGUCUAGAGAAUCCUGCUGGUGAAGAAGAUUUUUCUAAGAAACCACUGCUUCCCAGUCCUUCCCAGUCAUUUGUGAAGUUUAUGGCACAGCAGAUCUUCUCAGAGAGUGCUUCUAUUCAUGGGGGCAUGUAUGCAGAUCCUCUCUCGCUAAGUCAUCCUUUCAAAUCUUUGCUGAGGCCUAAAAUGGAACACCACGUUUUCUCAGAUUGGGAGAAUGCUGACAUUGAGGGAGGCACUUCUUUGAAGAAGCUGCCUAUGAAGCACCCUUUACAGUCAAUGGGGAGGCCUGAAGGCCCACAAGAUGCUCUCUCAUAUUCAGAGAAUGUCCCUAGCAAGUGGAGCAGUUCUAAAGGGCAGGGACCUACCAGACAGUUUUCCCAGGUCCUGGGGAAGUUUGAGUACCAGCAGGAAGUCUCCUCAGUUUCUGAUGACUCCCCAGAAGAGUGGAGGAUCUCUGAAGAGCAUAUGCCUUCCAGACACCCUUCCCAAACUUUGGAUGGAUCUGAGAAGUCACCAAUUUUAUCACCAGGCUCAGGGAAUGUUCCUGUAGAUUGGAGCAGUUCUGCAGAGGCCUCCUUUCCUGUUAAUCCUUUCCAGGCAUAUGGAAAUCCUGGAUACCAGCAACAGACCCACUCAAGUUCCACAAAUGUUGCUGGUGAGGGAACCAUUUUUGAGAACAAUCCAGGCAAUUGGUCCUUAUCAAAAUGCCCUGUUUCUCCAAAGAAAACCAAGAAAUUCAGCCAAGUUUCAGAAGACUUCAUUAAGAGCAUCCCAGUCUCUGCUAACAAACCUGGGAAGUUCAACAUUACUCUUCCUGGGAAAACACCCAUUUCUGGGAGUGCUUACAUUAAGGAGGAAGUUCUUCAGAGUGGUACUGGACAUAAUGAUGGCCAUACCAGCAUACCCAGCAGUGAAGCUGAGGUGGAAAACCUUUUUGGAGUCCGACUGAGAAGAAUCCCUUCUCCACAGAAACUUAAGAAUGAGAAACGAGAUAAUUUGGCACCAUUUUCUUCAGUGCCCUUGGGCCCAAUUGCACACUCUGUGGGCAAGGAACAGCGCAUGAGAAGAAGCAAUCCCCAAGUGUUCCUGAGUACCCCAGAAGACCUCAGUGAUAUAGCUAACUUUGCGGAGAAGCAACAGAACAGGAAUAAAUUGGAAAGCAUGCUCAAGAGGCCACCAGUUUACAUACCCCCAGGAAAGUCUUCUUGUCACCAGUCAGACUGUGCCAUCGCAGAGGCAGUUUGGAUAACCAUGACAAAGCAGAGACAGAGAGGCUCCCAGGCCUAUGUUCCUAAAAAAGAGCUAAAACCCACAAGUAGAACUGGAGCCAACGAUGAGACCAAGGAUCCUAAAUAUGGGGGAGCUGGCUCUGCAAAUGAAAGCCAAGUAAAAAAGAUUUUGACUUCUACUGUCCAUAUACAGGAGAAGAUGCCACCAACGAAGCCACCUAAGCCUGCCAAAUCAGUUGCUUUUGAAGAUCAGAAGACACUUCGCAUGUCUGCGAUAGAUAAAGAAACUAAACGAUCUUCAAGUCUUCCAGCUGGGCCCGAACAGCCACUGGAGCAUGUUGUGCCUGUGGAGCCAGAUGAGCCUGUUUGGUUCUCUAUGGCCAAGAAGAAAGCCAAAGCAUGGAGCCACAUAGCAGAGAUCAUGCAAUAA